AUGUCUGCUCUCGGUCUCUCUCCUGCUCUCUACGACCCUGCGAUUGUCCUCAAGUCCGCCGAGUUUAAGAUCCUUGACGCUCCUCCUGCCCGGGACGAAAAGAAAAAUAUUGCAGUGUUCACGAACCCAGCUCAUGACCUGCAUAUAGUCGAGAAGCCUAUUCCGAAGGCAGGACCUGGACAAUGCGUUGUACAUAUUCGUGCAACCGGCAUUUGUGGUAGCGAUUGUCAUUUCUGGAAGCAUGGACGAAUUGGUGACUCGAUGGUUGUCCGGGAUGAGAACGGGCUUGGUCAUGAGAGUGCGGGUAUUGUGAUCGAAGUUGGCGAGGGCGUCACUGGUUCAAAGUCGGCGACCGAGUCGCGGUCGAGGCAGGUUUCCUUGCUCCAAACCAUCUUGCGAAUUCUGCCGCACCGGGAAGUACAACGGGUGCCCAGACGUUGUGUUCUUCUCGACUCCACCAUACCAUGGUACCACCUUCAUCCCGCCGCGUGGCUCCACAAGCUUCCGGAGAACAUUAGCUUUGAAGAGGGUGCCUUGCUCGAACCUACAGCAGUUGCCCUAGCCGGUAUCGAGCGUUCCGGCCUAAGGCUCGGAGAUGCGACGUUUAUUGCUGGCGCUGGCCCGAUCGGCUUGGUUACACUCCUUGCAGCCCGUGCAGCUGGUCGGCUCGAGUUUGCCAAGAAGCUUGUUCCAGGUGUGAGGACUGUGUUGGUUGAGAGGGGAUUAGAUGCACAGGCACAAGCUGUCAAAGUUGAGGAAGCACUUGGGCAAAAGGCCGCCGUGGUCUUGGAAUGUACCGGCGGAGAGUAG